UAGUCGUAGAAUGAAAACACGAAAGAAAAAGGUAAAACCCUCCAUCUGAUAUUUCCCUAGCCUUUUAUUCUUCUCCGAUAUUUCCGGGCACGCCGCGCUGAUUUCUUUCUCGUCUCCGAUUGCCCUCUUCGCCGCUGCCGUCGCCUCCACGCCUCCUCCGACAUUUUCCUUUCUUCUCUUUCUAUACCCCUCUCUGCCGCAUCCUCACGCCGCCGCUCCGAGGGUUCCAAACAGAGGGUGAAUCUUUGGUGCCAAGGCUGCCAUAGGGCUCGACUCUCCUCGCUCAUCUGUAAUUUUCGCCUCUGCUGCGUACGGAGGUGCUCAAUACCGUCUUUAAUCUCUUUCUCUCCGGCUACACCUUUCACUCCCAACCUCAAUUCCCAGUUCAGUAGGGUCUUCAGGGAGGGGAGAGUACGCGUCCAAGGGAAGACCAUGGCUGUAACAGCCCCAGGGCAGCUCAAUGUUAACGAGUCUCCUUCGUGGGGAUCUAGAAGUGUAGACUGCUUUGAAAAACUGGAGCAGAUUGGUGAAGGCACUUAUGGUCAAGUUUACAUGGCCAGAGAAUUAAAAACAGGUGAAAUUGUUGCACUGAAGAAAAUACGGAUGGAUAAUGAAAGGGAGGGGUUCCCCAUUACUGCCAUACGAGAAAUCAAAAUUUUAAAGAAGCUUCAUCAUGAAAAUGUAAUCAAGUUGAAAGAGAUCGUGACAUCUCCAGGUCCUGAGAAGGAUGAACAAGGGAAGCCAGAUGGUAACAAGUACAAAGGUGGAAUCUACAUGGUCUUUGAGUACAUGGACCAUGAUUUGACUGGUCUUGCUGAUCGUCCAGGGAUGAGAUUUUCAGUUCCUCAAAUCAAGUGUUACAUGAGGCAGCUUCUCACAGGGCUUCACUAUUGUCAUGUAAAUCAAGUACUCCAUAGAGAUAUAAAAGGCUCAAAUCUUCUUAUCGACAAUGAAGGAAAUCUGAAGCUUGCAGAUUUUGGGCUUGCCCGAUCAUUUUCUAAUGAUCACAAUGCAAAUUUAACAAAUCGUGUCAUUACCUUAUGGUACAGACCUCCUGAAUUGCUGCUUGGGUCGACCAAAUAUGGUCCAGCUGUAGAUAUGUGGUCUGUUGGUUGUAUCUUUGCAGAACUUCUACAUGGGAAGCCAAUAUUCCCUGGGAAGGAUGAGCCGGAGCAAUUAAAUAAGAUCUUCGAGCUGUGUGGUGCUCCAGAUGAAGUCAAUUGGCCUGGGGUUUCUAAAAUCCCUUGGUACAAUAAUUUCAAGCCCACAAGGCCGAUGAAGAGACGUAUUAGAGAAGUUUUCCGGCAUUUUGAUCGUCAUGCUUUAGAACUGUUGGAGAAGAUGCUUACGCUUGAUCCUUCUCAGAGAAUAUCUGCCAAGGAUGCCCUAGAUGCGGAGUAUUUUUGGACAGAUCCAUUACCUUGCGAUCCUAAAAGUUUGCCUAAGUAUGAAUCAUCACACGAGUUCCAGACAAAGAAGAAGCGCCAACAGCAACGGCAACAUGAAGAAACUGCAAAACGACAGAAGUUGCAACACCCACAGCAUGCACGCCUUCCACCUAUUCAGCAGUCGGGCCAAGCACAUGCACAUGCACAUGCACGCCUUCCACCUAACCAACCAAUUCAUGGGUCUCAACAACCAGUCGCCGCAGGGCCUAGCCAUCAUUUUGGAAAGCCUCGUGGACCCCCAGGUCCUGGUAGGUAUCCCGGUGGAAAUCCCCCUUCUGGAUACAACCACUCAAGUCGUGGUGGUCAAGGUGGUUAUGGUAACACACAAUAUGCUCAAGGACGAGGUGCUGCACCCUAUGGGUCUGGUAACAUGUCUGGUGCUGGUCCUCGAGGUGGAGCUGGAGCUGGUGGUGGUUAUGGCGUGGGAGCUCCAAAUUAUCAACAGAAUGGUCCAUAUCCUGGUAGUUCUGGUACUGGCCGUGGCUCCAAUGUGAUGGGCGGAAACCGCAACCAACAAUAUGGGUGGCAACAAUAAUGAUAUGAUCGUAAUUGCAUUUGCCUCUCCACCUCUUAAUUUAACGCCAGAUAUGAUUUGUCAGCACCAAUUAGCAUACAAAUGAUUAGAGAAAAGCCGUCGUGGGCGCUUUUAAACUUGAGUAGCUAUUUCGUAAAAUUAUUGUAUGUACGAGCGGAGCAGCAUUUACUGUAAUUUUUCCUUGCGAUGUUUUAUAGCAAAUGAGAAAUUAGGUUCUUUUAGUUCUGUGCUAUAGAUUAAAUCAUCAGUUGUGAACAGGUAGUGUAAGCAAAUAGUUUGCAAAAUAUUCUUUGUUCCUGAUAGUUAAAUCUUCCCGGAAAUGAGA